AUGGGCCAAGUUUUGGGUGCUUCCAUCCCACCUAUGCUUGUUCCCCUGGUGGAGGACAUGCAUGUGAGCAGCACCAAGAUCUCUCAGCUUGCGAGCUGGGGAAGUCUUUGCAUUGGCCUCGGAAAUAUCUGGGCUCUCCCAACCGUCGCAUACAUCGGCAGUCGUUACACCAUCCUCAUCGGUCUCGCGAUAUUCACGGCCGGCUUCUUCUGGCAGGCCAAAGCGCAGUCUUACGAAUCUCUACUCGCAGCUCGUGUCAUUGGUGGUUUGGGCGGUGGUGUUGUGGAGGCACUAGGUCCAGUUGUCGUGGUACUUCUAUUUCCACGCGAGUACAUCGCCAGAGCGAUGAGCGUAUACUCAUGGGCUUUGGGAGGAGGCUCCGUCUUCGGUCCUCUGAUCACCGGAUACGCUGUUGAUAAUCUGGGCAGUUGGAGAUAUCCGAACUACAUAUUCGGUGGCAUCUGUGCUCUCAACCUUUUUACCAUGAUUUUGAUGUUUCCCGAGCCUCUCACCAACAUUCGCGUUCCUGGCGACCCAGAGCCUUCCGAUAUUGUCAUCGAGUCAGCUGGUGAAGAACAAGUCGGCGAGCCAAAGGAGCCCAUGGAAGAGGUUGGGAAUGCUCAGCAAUAUGAGACUCGCCCUGCUUCAGUGACCACAUUCGAGCCAUGCAAGCCCGGUGCACUCUGGUUCAGACGAUCAUUCUUUCUCACCCUAAAGCACAAUCAGCCACCGCCAAACUUCUUCUAUCUUGUUGUGGAACCAUUCAAAAUACUCGUUUCUCCUGCUGUCAUCAUCACAGUCCUUUUGUUCGGUAUCUCAAUCGCUGGAACCAUAGCUACUUCGAUCAUUGUUUCCAUCACCUUCUCCCAGCCCCCAUGGCUUUGGACAUCCGGCCAGGUUGGUCUCUACAAUGUUGCCCCCCUCUUGGGUUUGAUAGCUGGUAUGCCUUUCGGUGGUGCUGGAGCAGAUUGGCUUGCUGAAAGACAUUUGCGACGCCAUGGAGAGUUCAAGCCUGAGUCAGUUCUGCCGAUUCUUUUGCCAUUCGCCAUCGCAACGCCGAUAGCUACGACGCUCAUAGGUGUUGGCUUUCAGCGCGGCUGGCACUGGGCUGUCGUUGGACUGUUCUGGGCUAUUCUUAACGCCAAUCUCACCGGAGGUUGCAACAUUAUGAUCUCUUACUGCACUGAGAGCUACCCCAAGAAGGCAAUUCAGAUUGGUGUCGUGGUUAAUAUUAUCAAGAAUGCCAUUGGUUUUGGCGUAUCCUAUAGUACUCUGGAUUGGUGGAUGAAGGAUAAGUACUUCAUGUUCUUGGCUAUUGCUAUGAUUAUCUUUUUGCUUUUCAUUGCGACCAUUCCGUUGUGGAUUAGCGGACCGAGAAUUACGCGCAAGACUAAGACAUGGGUCAGAUAUGAGGAGGAGUAG